AUGUCUUCACGAGCAGCUACCGCGGCGUCAGCGCCCGAUGAUAAAAUCGCAGCCUUGAAAAAAGUCCUUUAUGACGAGUGUUUUGAAUCUUUCGAAGAUAAUCCUACCUUUUUCCAGGAAGAUUUGUUCGAACUCAAAGUCCUACCUAAUGAUGAUGUGGCUAUGCUGUUGGCCGUCUGUCAGGGCCUCACAAAUGAUAAAUUGUUCAAGGUGGUUCAGGAUUCGCAGAGAGGAAUUGGAUGGAAAUUGCGUACUCAAGAGGAAGCUAAGAAUUAUCGCAGUCUUUCCUCGGAACAAGAAAUUGUCUACGCUCUCAUCGACGAAGCCGGUCAAGAAGGAAUAUGGACCAAAACCAUCAAGGCUCGGUCCAAUCUUCACGAUGCAGUUUUUCGCACGGCGCUCAAGCACCUCGAGACCAAACACCUGAUCUCAGAAAUGAAAUCUGUAGAGGCACGUAAUAGGAAAAUGUACAUCAAAUCCAGUCUGCAACCUUCCGAUCGAGCCACUGGUGGAGCAUGGUAUACCGACAAUGAACUAGACGAGGAGUUCAUCACACAGAUCUCGCAUAUCUUAUUUGAUCACAUCCACAGGAAAUCUUUCUAUAAAUCUAGUUCGGCGAGCUUGAGGAGGCCAAAGAAGGUUAUGGGAAAGAAAAUGUCUACGGAUGAAGCAAAAGCAUUGAGAGACAAAACUUUAGGAUCCCGAGUCAAGAUCGAAGACGUUACUGAGGACGAUGCUAUAGAUGGGGCUAGAAGACACUACGAUGCUCUAUUACCUAUGCCACCCGGCUACCAAGGAUAUCCAACCCUCAAUGAACUCACAUCGUUCAUUGAGAAUUCAGGAGCUACAGCUAUGACUUUAACUGCUCAGGACAUUCAGCAAUUACUGGACAUAUUGAUUUUUGAUAAUAAGAUUGAGAGGGUUCUUGCGGGUCCAGAAGGUGUUUGUUAUAGGGCUGUAAGGAAAGGAUUUAGGGAGGAACAGGAAGGUGGCCCAUUUAGUGCCUUGACGGAUGUUCCGUGUGGACACUGUCCGGUUGCCGAUCUGUGUGAAGAGGGUGGGCCUGUAGGACCAAGUACUUGCGAAUACUUUCAAACAUGGUUGAAUAUUUAG